CGUAAAGCAGGAAGUGAUAAGUCUCCAAAGUCUGUAUUUGUGACUCUCUGAUGUAAACAUUUCAUGAUUGACAGCUUAUUCUUCUCAACAGAGAUUUAUCACGUAAGCAGCCUUCGGAGGAACAUAUGAUCGAGAUUUCAGGCAGCUGUGCGAAAAAUGAGUCGAAGCCGGAACCCGCCGCAGAAGGGCCAAGGGGCUGCCAGGGACAAACGGAUGGGACUGCUGUUGGAUUUGGCUCCUGACGGUGGGCUGGAUGACUCUGGAGGAAAUGAGGAGGACUUGGAGGCGGAGCUUCUGGCCCUGGUGGGAGGUGGAGGAGGAAGGGGUGGGCCAGUGGACAGAAAAGCUGGAGGGAAAGCUCCAGUGCCCAUGGAGGACAUCGAGUGGAUGGCUGCUCUGUGUAUGAAGGAUCUGGAUGAAGAUGGAGAUGAUGAUGGGGAUUUGGAGAACGAUGCUGAUCUCUUGGCUGAGCUGAAUGAGGUGUUGGAAGACGAAGUGGUGAGGAAGCCCCCUCCGUCACCAGCACCACCUCAGCGCUCAAGCACAGCAUCUCAGACAACCCCAGCAUCACUGAGUGCUCCAGCCAGCCUGGAGUCUCGCCUACAGGAGCGCAUCGACAUGUACCAGACAGCCAUUGGCAACGCCAAGGCUGCAGGGGAGAUCAGCAAAGCACGCAGAUAUGACCGUGGAAUGAAGACUCUCCAGUCAAUGCUGAUGUCAGUCAAAAAAGGGAAACCCAUCAAUGAAGAGGAGAUGCCUCCUCCAGUGGCCACUGGUGGAAAACCCUCUUCGGUUUCACAGGCCGAGCCAAUCAGUGAGCAGGACAAGACUCCUCCAGCCUACACUCCACCUCAGACGACCAAUGAAAAGUCACUACAAGAGGCCAGACCAGUCGCACCACCCAAACCACAGCUACUGCAGCCUCCACCACAGAGAUCAACAGCCAUAACGCCUGAUACACCAGCCAUAUCACCGCUCACACCCAACCAGCCCAAUGCACAGCACUCAGAGGUCAAAGCGAGUAUAUUAAACAGACAGAGAGAAUAUAAGCUGGCGGCCAUACAGGCCAAACAGAGCGGAAACACAGACCAGGCCAAACAACUCUACCUCAUCGCCAAGAAAUUAGACUCAAUGGUGGAGACUGUUGACAAUGGGGAGUUUGUUGAUAUUUGCUCUCUGCCGCCCCCUCCUGGAGAAGUUCAGGUGCCACAUUCAAACCCUCCUCAGAUGUCCACAAAACCACCCGCUCCCCUUACUGCACCGACGGCUGCUCCAAACACAGCUCUCUCAGCUCCUCAAAGCGUUGGCGAGGCCUUACAGCAGCGCAUGGACAAAUAUAAAGAAGCUGCAGAAAGCGCCAAGAGCAAAGGAGAUGACCGCAAGGCACGCAUGCACCAGCGGAUAGUCAAGCAAUAUCAAGAUGCCAUCAAAGCUCAUAAAGCAGGACGGGCGGUGAAUUUGGCAGAACUUCCUGUUCCACCAGGUUGUCCUCCACUGCAGGGCGCUGAGGGUGGUGAUCAGAAUUUUAUGGGCGUCCUGGAGACAGCAAUAAAACUGGCCAAUCAGGAUGCAGAUGAGGACGAAGUCUCAGGAAAGGAAGCAACAAAGUCAUCAGCUCAACCUGCUGUUCAGAAAUCAAGAUCUCCCGCACCUACAAAAGCAUUGUCCACCGCAGGAACACCCACUGGCUCCACAAACGCCUUUAAACUUGGGGGGAAAGCCCAGCAGCAGCUGGAUUUCUUGACGAUGCGCAGGCAGCAGUUUGUGAAGGCGGCGUUGCGCUCUAAAGAGAUGAAGGACAUGCAGGGAGCCGCUCAACACCUGAGAAACGCUAAAGGCCUGGAGCCCAUGAUCACUGCCGCCAAAGCAGGACUUCCUGUCGACAUCACCAAGGUGCCGGGCGCUCCUUUUAGCGAGGAAGACUACAGACUGUCUCAAUCUCGCUCAUCCUCUCUCUCUUCUCGUUCUGCUGAGCAGUACGCUCAACUCAUGGGGCAGCUUAAACGACAGCAUGAGAAAUGCCUCGCCUGCUCCCAGCAAUUCACACAUAUGGGGAAUAUAGCAGAAACUGCAAGGUUUGAGAAGCUGGCCGAAGAAUGCCUUAGUAAUAUUGAACUGCUGAAGAAAGCUCAUGCUAAAGGAAGACCAGUACCCAAGUUCCACACAGAAGAGCGCACCUUCAACAGUGUCAAGAUCAAUCCUGACCUGACGGCCAAUGACAUGGCACUGAUCAUCGUGAAAGGAAUCAACCUGCCAGCUCCUCCAGGACUUUCAGCCAGUGAUCUCGAUGCGAGUGUGCGCUUUGAGUUUCCUUUCCCCAGUGUGGAAGAGGCUCAGAGAGACAAAACCAGCACUGUUAAAAAUACCAACUGUCCAGAGUUUAAGGAGCAGUUUAAUCUGAACAUUAAGCGAGAUCAUCGAGGCUUCAAGAGAGUCGUACAGGCAAAAGGCAUCAAGUUUGAGAUCAUACACAAAGGUGGUCUCUUUAAGACAGAUAAAGUGGUGGGAAGUGCUCAGCUGAAGUUGGAAGCUCUGGAGAACCAGUGUGAGAUCAGAGAGAUCAUAGAUGUGCUGGACGGCCGGAAGGCGACGGGAGGGAAACUGGAGGUGCGUGUGAAGAUCCGUGAGCCACUGGGUGGAGUUCAGCUAAAGCCGGUGACGGACAAAUGGCUCGUCAUUGACCCCUUGACCCCCUCACCUGAGAAAGAGAGAGACCGAGAAAAAGAUGGAGAUAAAGAGAGAAGGCAGGCUCCUUCUCCGAGAUCCAAACCCCGAAAUGAUCACGACAGGAACAGCAAACCAAGCUCGUCUCCGCCGCAGUAUAAAAUGCACAGCUUCAGUCUGCUCAACCAUGAUAAAGAGAGAAUGGAGUGGAAGAUCAGUGAUUAUAAGAAGAACAGACGAGACCCGUCAGAACUCAUCAAACAGCACAUGGACAUCUGUCAACGACUGCAGUGGCAGAAAUCAUACUUGGAGAGACACCCAGCAGCACUGACAGAAUAUGAGAAUGUUCUGCGGAAGUUUGUUCACGGUCUCUCGGAUUCUGUGAAAAUGUUUUCCAGUCAAGGCAACCGGGAUGCAGCGAAAGACGCUCUCAGCCGACUGAAGAAGGUGGAGAACGAGCUGGAGUCAGUGAGGAAAAAACGAGGCGUCAGAGAGUGAAAAAACAUGGCGAGACUGUCUACUGAAAAACUGUUCACAUCACUUAUGAAAUCAUGAGAAUAUGAAUUAAUACUGACAGAUAUAACAGAGAUGCAGAGAGCAAUAGAACAAAACACUAUAACACACAAAUAUUUAAAGGGAUAGUUCACCCAAAAAUGAAAAUUCUGUCAUUAUUUACUCGCUGUCCAAACCUGUGUGGCUGACUUUCUUUCAUAGAACACAAAAGACACAUUAAAGAAAUGUUAAGCUUUUUUUCCAUACGAUGAAAGCAGACAAAGACCACAAGAUCUCAAACUGUCA